UCAGCUCUUGUCAGGAGGCAUUGGGCGUCUGGUUGUCACGUCGCUUGUGGAAACAAAAAUAACAAAGGUAGUGGGUUGCGUCUGGAAUGCUGACUGGAACUAGAGCCCUAAAACUGCAAUGUUGGUAAUAUAAUUUGAGGUUAUCUUGCCCUGCCUAGGUAAUAACUUCAAGUUUCUUAACGUCCAUUUUAGACAAAAUGAAUUUAAAUUCUCUUUAGCUGUUACGUUUAGAUGUUGUCAGAACUAUAUUUGUUUGCUUUAUAGGUGAAAAAUCCUAAAGAUGAACAGCAAUGCACUACACGUGUCUUCAAAGCUGCCUUGGCUAGAAGUGGAAUGUAGUUUCCUGACAGAUCUUCUUACAAGGAAGUUGUAAAUCCGUUCUAAUGGCCAACAAGAAAGAGCCUCCUUUUUUUAAUAAAGAUAAUAUGGGACCAUUUCACUACAAACUUCCUUUCUAUGAAACUAUGGAGCUCUUCAUUGAAACGCUUACAGGAACCUGCUUUGAACUGCGAGUUUCCCCCUUUGAAACAGUUAUUUCUGUGAAAGCUAAAAUUCAAAGACUGGAAGGUAUUCCUGUCUCUCAGCAGCACUUAAUUUGGAACAAUAUGGAACUGAAGGAUGACUAUUGUUUGGAUGAUUAUAACAUUUCAGAAGGCUGCACUCUGAAGUUGGUUCUGGCUAUGCGAGGUGGACCUGUUAACACCAGAAGAGUUCCUGUGAAAGAUCCUAUCAGGGAAAUGGCUGAAUACAUGGAUCCUGCUAGAGACAAGGUGUGGGAGAAAGGGCCGUCCAACAAACAAGUCACCUUCCUCGUGUAUCGCGAAGGAGAUCGCUUGAAUUUCUUCCGUGUGGUUGACCGGGGCGAUGGCACUUUAACACCACUGUCUGAAUCUUUGAGAUUAGAGGGUGAAUACAAACUUUCUUUUAUUUUCAGCGGUGGUUCAGUUUAUAAUUUAUAUGCUGAUGAUGAAGAUGAGACAGAGGCAUCACCUUCUGGCCAACAGAUUAUUGAGAAUUCAAUUACUAUGAACAAAAUGAAACUGCUCAAGGCAAAGAUGGAGAACAUGAAUCUGAGUAAAAAGCCUAAGAAAACUGUCAAGGUGAAGCCUCGGCCUCCCAUGACUCCUCGACCAUCGAGUGGCUCGGUGGCUGCUGCCCGUCACCGCUUCCUCAGAGUGCUGCCCCACAUCGGACAGUCUUGCCUACCUCCUCCCGGGCAUUUGCAUCAGUCAGAGUCUCCCCAAAACGCACUUUCAGCACUGGCUACCUUGGCCACUGCUGGUAGAACAAUGCCAGCCACUGCUAAUCACUUCCUUAAGGAAGAUGACACUUGGCAGAGCAGCUCUUGGUCUCAGCCAGUGAAUAGCAUCAGGUUACCACCGAAAAUAUCUCGUGUUGAACUAGAAAAUGCAAAGCUACCUACAAAUAGUAUUCUGACUCCUGUUUCAUCCCUGCCUGCAAAUUCAGAAAAAGCACCUGAAAAUCCAACCUCAGCGAGUGAGGAGGAUGCUGUUUUGUUUCCAAACCUAACAAACGUGGAACUAUAUGGAAAAGAAGAACAUCUACCUGAACCAGAUGGUUAUGCUUUUUUAACAGAAGGAAGCACUGCUGAACAGUGUAGUGAGAUCUAUGACAUAGGAAAGGUGAACCCAGAGCUUGAACUGCCUGAUGGAGACAAAGAUUCUAAGGUUGUAGAGCAGCAUAGCAAACCUCUUGGCAAAGUGCUGAGCACUGCAGCAAUGGAGGCUGGUCUUCUCAGUACUCGUGAAUUAGGUCCUCAGAAGAAUCUGCUGUUGUCUCCCCUGCGGUAUUCAGCGCAAGUGGCACACCACAGUGCCCUGAAGCCACAAGCACAGCCCAGGUGCUUUGAGGCUGGUAACUUGAGAUCUGCAGCCUCCCCAAAUGUGCUUCGAUCGUUGGAAGUACGUAGUAUAGCAGACUCCUCUUUUCCUAGGACCACUAGAUUUUGUAGUGUGAAAGUAGAGUCACUUGGCAAAAGACCUGAUGUAAUUUCUAAAGCAGAGACUAGGGACAUCACAGAUGUGGCUAGCAAGACACCCAAAGAACCUGCGAGUUCUGUAAGUAACUUAGGAUUUCUGGCUUCGCUGGCCCGAAGCACAAACAGGGAAAGUUUACAGAGUUCCUGUGGGACUGACGGCUUUCGGACUUCUGGUAUUGCACUACCUGCAAGCCUGCAGCAUUUUCAGGAAGAAAGCUUUAGGAAAACUGCUCCUCCAAAUGAAGCUGCUGAAUAUAAUAUUCUAUCUGCGCAUGGGCUUGGAAUGAAUGGAAGUAUGGCAGCUGUAGGGAAAAGAGUAGGUGAAGCAACCCAUCUUCCACCUGUGAAUGGCUUAAUUCAAGCAAAAAAGAAAAUUUCAAAGCACUGCUUUCUUUGUGGCAAGAAAACUGGAUUGGCAACCAGCUAUGAGUGCAGAUGUGGAAACAACUUCUGUGCGACACACCGCUAUGCAGAGACUCACACUUGCACCUACGACUACAAGAGUGCGGGACGGAGAUAUUUACAGGAGACCAACCCCAUCAUUAGUGCACCAAAGCUUCCCAAAAUUUGACAUGGUUGUGCUGCAUGUGGCCGCUCUGCUGUUGAGGAAUUGUACUGAAUUGAGAGAAGCACUUGCUUAAACUGCAUCAUUUUGCCAUGCUCCGUAUUUAAAGAUUUGCCAAGUAACAAAAGCACAUGAGGAUGCAUCGAAGAAUAAUGUGAACACUACUGCAGUUAAAACUUUUCUUCUUGAGUGAAUGAAAGGUUAAAAAUUAGUUUCUGAAAACUUACACUAUGAUUUAACUGUUACUGCACGUGUUGUGUUUUAUAUUUGGAAAAGCUAUUUCACUAGACAAGUCUUUAAAGAUGCACUUUACUAACUUUACUGUAUAACCAGAGUUGAGGGGGUGUUGUAAUGAGGGUGUCACGUAAUGUCUUCUGUACUCUUGUUUUUGUCCAUUGUGUGGUAUCUUCUAAGUUAUUUCACUAGAAAGAUCCUCCUCCCUCCCCUUUCUUCAAACAGCCUGUUUUGAGAUUUUAAGGGGAUAGUGUGUUCCACCCCUCUGUUUCAUUCUGAUUGAUAUUCGUACAUUGUGUGUCCAUUCUGAAAAUUACAUAUCACCUUAAUCACAUUUUCUUAAAAUAAUGCUGUUUAUAUGACAAGUUUGUUUUUAAAUAGAAGGUUCCCUGUUUGUUGCCAUUAAAUAUAAGAAACAACUUAUUUUAACUUUUUUUGUAAUCCUAGAUUUUUUUAAGACUUCACAACUUGCUUUGUUAAGAUGUUGAAUGCUGUUACUGGAAGAAAUUCUAAUAAAUAUUAAAUUUUAUUCUUGUUUAUGCUGUCAUAAAUGCAAAAAAUUACUUCCCUCUUACAGUGUGUUCCUAAAUUAAAAGCUGGGCUCUGUUGGGAGGGUAUAUUUAUUUUCUUUUUUAUUCUGACCAACACUGUGUGCUUUAAAUAAACCUCCUGAAGUCUUACAGGUGUACCAGCAAAGACUAAAGGGAUGCACAACAAAGGGCUUGUAUUAACCUUUCUCCCCUCCAGCUGAUAGUAUACCAGCAGUUCAGUAAAUGCAUGAGACACUUCUAGUGAUUAUGUAGCCUCUGCAGAAACUGCUUUUGGAGGAAUAUUCCUACUGAAAUACUUUCUUCUUUCAUCCCCUUAAUGCUUGUGAAAUAUUUUUAUAAGCAUAAGUAGCAUUAAGUGUUCCAGUAUAAAAAUAUUAAUCGAAAUCCUACGACAAACAACCAAAACAAAAGAAUAACCCCACCUAUUUUAUCUAGGUAAUCAAAUGUCAUUGUCCCUGUCUUGUCAAAGUCCUCAGCCACUUAGUUGGUAUUAAAAUGAUCUGUGCUGCAUUUAGAAGAAUGAUAGUCAAAAGGUGGACAAAAAAAGAAGAAAGAUGACCACUGAAAGAGGGAGAAGUAACUUGUAGAAUCUGAUCUUUGGAGGAAAUCUAUUUUGUGUAGCCCACUUCAUACUUCUUAAACCUGACGUUUUCAGAGUGAUGAGCUUGGAAAAAAAUGUUCACAAUCAUUCUUCUGAGUAUUGAUAAGAUAAAAAUAUAAUUCUGUGUGUGUGACUUCUGUGCUUGUUAUAACUGGAGGAAGUUCCCUUGUGAUAUGACCAUUGUGUUGUUACUGAGCCAUGCUGUGUACCAUGAACUGCCUGCAGUUUUUUCAUCUCCAGCAAGGGACAGUGUGUGAUGCCAAAAGAAGAGAAUAAAGGAACAUGACAAAUGCACAAGUGUUUUCACAGCAAUGACAGCAACAUUCUCGAGACAGAGAUAUUGCACUUCUUGUAGGUACAGUAUAGAUUUGGUAAGAAGUGGAAUUAAACUUUGGUCUGUGAUCACUUAAUCUGAUUUUGCAUAAGUAUAAUUGUCAGGAAAUUGUUUUGCAGUAUAUUGGAAUAGCCAUACUCAAAUUUUAGUUCAACUACACAACAGAUGCGUGGUUGGAAGUCACAUCUCAAUUUUGACUCUCCCUUUCUGCAUAUGUGUAAUGAAGUGCACAACAAUGCUUUUUGAGAAUAUGCAAUGCACUAAUAGUCUAAUUUCCCUGUGUAUAGCUUCUCAUCAUUUUUAUUAUAUCUCAUUUUAAUUAUACUUAAUGCAAAUACUUCUUGUUCAGAGCUCUACUGGUUUUGUUCCCAUGAAGUGUUACAGGCGUUAAUUUCCAACCAGUAGUACAGCCACAAGAGAACUUUAAUUUGAAAUUAACUGUUUCAGUCAUUAAUUCAGAUGAUUGGAUUUUGCCAAGUCCUGUGUUAGUUUCUGCUAUGGAUUAAUUACUGUUUACUGUGUAAACUUACCUGAAUGGUUUGGGGUUUGAGUAUUGGUGUACCAUGCUGCUGUGCAUCUGCUGAACACAAAUAUUUAGCUUUUCUGUGUUCAUGUAAUUAGAUUAUUGUGUUAUAAAGAGUUUACAUACUGGAAGUUGAACAGUUACUUUGGUGUGUGCUCUUCUAUACCUUCCUGCCAAUUUCUUUUGCUUGUUUCUUUUAUGUAUGAGGCAAAACUAGGCUGGUCUCUUGUUGAAUCAUCUCCAGGAUUCUGGCGUCAAAUUGAUAGGCACCACAGAGGUGUCAGAAAUGGUUUUGGAAGUAUUAAAAACUUCCUUUCUCUGGAAUCUCUAGAAGCCCAUGGUGAUAAAAACCUGUCUGCUUACAAUUUCUGUCUAUUCACUUUGCAGUCCCCUGGGAUGUAAUUGCAGUGAUGCCUUCUGCUCACAGUCUUCAGUUGUAGACAAGGCCAGAAUUGUUAAUUCAUAUUACAAAAUACAAAAUGAAAUUUC